AUGGACUGUUCGGUGCCGUGCUACUGUGAUUUUGGGCGAUUUCGGGAAAGUAUCGCGGGAUUCAGUUUUCUUGCUGUGUUGAUGUUCGGCCAACAAUUGCCAUAUAGUUCCUAUUUCUUUUUGUUUACUAGUGAUAAGAUCACUUGUGAAAAUGAAAAAUACUGUGGGCCAUUAUACUGGAAGUCAUGGUUAAGGGAGCAUCUAUUAACUAUUGAGAGGGAAAAAGCUACAUUUCCUCAAUCAUCAUAUAGCCAUUAUGAAGGGGUGAAUAUAUUGCUAGGCUCAAUAGCUUACAGUUUAGUUAUAUUUCCUGCUUUUGACAACUCCGAAGUUGAUCCUCUCGUUGCCUUUGGCAUUCAGAACCCUAAACAGGGCAUGAAAAUAUUUCAAGCUGCUCUCUUCUACAUUAAUAAUCUAUUGAAAUUUGAGAGCAAUUCUUCAAAAAUACUUCACCAUAGUUGUUAAGCUUACUACUAUUUGCCCUGGCAAGAUCUAUUACCUUGAAAAUUUU